UGUUUCUUGUUCAUACUGCACAUCCUUGUCUCAUCAGCAGAAGAUACAAGCACAUUUUGAUUCACAGUUUUCCUUUUUUAAAAUUUCUUCACAACUUUUGGGUUUUUGGUAGCCUUCAGCUUAGCUCCACAGACUAACCUCGCUAUCCUUGAACAAGCAUCCACAGUGCCUUAUCUGCGUCGACAUUAGACAACAUCUCACAUGGCAGAUCUUUCAGCUUCUUUUCAAAUUAAAAAAUAAUGGUAAAUACAUUGUACUGAGACAGAACUGAUAAAGAAGAGAAGGUACUGAUAAUCUCAAUGAAGAACAAAGUACAUCAUGUUGAAAUUUUUUCAGACCACUACAUGGAGGUUGAUCUCUGGGGUCUUAGGAAUAAUAUGCCUUUUGUUGAUGGCUGCUUUGGGAGUUCUGUUAAGCAAUUCACUUACUAAACAAAGUGUUCAGCCUGGACCCUCCACAGAUCUUCAGGAAGAAUAUAAUCUCCAUGAAGAAAAAGAGUCAGGUCUGGGUUGUUCAGGACCUGGCUGCUAUUCUUGCCAAGAAAAGUGGAUUGGCUACCAAUGCAACUGUUAUUUUGUUUCUGAUGAAUUAAAAACAUGGAAAGACAGUAGGGAUUUUUGUGUUUCUCAUAAUUCCAGUCUACUUCAGAUACAAACCAGAAAUGAACUGAAUUUUAUGAAGUUCAGUACCAGUUUUUACUGGAUUGGGCUUUCUUACGGUGAAGAACAUGAUGCCUGGUUGUGGGAGAACAAAUCUACUCUCUCCCAAGAUCUAUUUCCUUUCCCUAAAUCUGUAAAUCCAAAGAACUGCAUGAUGUAUGGACCAGGAGGAAGGAUUUUGGAUGGACACUGUGGAAAGAAGUUUCGUUAUAUCUGUAAACAACAGCUUAUUUAGAUGUUUCUUGGGGCAGAUGUGUUGUGCAAUGGAGAUUAAGUAUUACUUAGAAUGGUUACAAAUUGUAUUACUUACCUCUGGGAUCUUUAAAAUGUUCCAAAUUGUGUUUUAUCAAUCAUAUAAUUUUCAUGUAUUUGAAAAUAUAUAUUUAAAUUUUUUAUCUCUAUGCAAUUGGUAUAUAACAUUAUGUUAGUUCUAGGUAUACAACAUAACAACAACUAAGACAGUAUGCCUAAUUCAUCAACAUAUAUAGUUAUAAUUUUAAAAUUUUGCUAUGUGUUUUAAAAUUGAUGAAACUUGUAUACCUACACCUGAAAUUAUAGUCAAGAUAAAUAAUUUAAUGAAUGUUCAAUGUAUAUGGUAUG